AGACAUCAGAGACGCACCAAACCUGGAACCAAUUCGGAACUGACUGAACUCACUGCGCACUAGCUCCAUGGCCAAGAUAGUUCUUUGCUCCAAGCAAGAGGCGCAGCAGCGGACGCAACAACUGACGUACUGUAACGUAGGACCGUGCUGUGGUGGAGAACGAGUUUCUUGUUAAUUCUAUUCCUCAGACUCAUGAUUAGGCGGUUCAUUGGCCUUUAAGUAUUAAAUUCAAAAUUCAACACUGAGUGCAAUGCUCCUCAGACGAUUAACAGCCCUGCUGCGAAUGUUACUUCUUUAUUCUGGCCUGAUGUGUACCCAGAACAAGUGGACUGUACAUACAACAUCAUGACAGAAGCUGCUGCCCUCGCACUUGUAUUUGACUCUUUUGAUAUCAGAAGUGGAGACUAUUUACAGAUUAAGGAUGGCGAUACGGUUUUGCGCCUCAGUGGCUCAACUUUGCCAAAAAAUUUCAUCAGCACUGGCAAAGAGGUUGAAGUUACCUUUCACUCAGAGGGCUUUGCCAAUACAAGUGGUACAGGGUUCCGAAUGCAUGUGGAAGAUAGAACGGAAGGUAUACCAGACCCAAAGGAGAAUAUAGUGAAAGAGGAUUUAAAGUCAGCCUCUAUCUUGCGUCUCACUUCAUCCAACUAUCCUAACAGGUACCCUGUAGUACAGAAACAAGUGUUUGAAAUCUCUACUUCUUCAGGCCUGCCAAUGGUUAUUGAUGUCCUAGAUGUUGAUCUGGAAAACAAGUAUGACUUCAUAACAUUCAAUGAUUCUGGAGAUUUACAGAUAACACUUACAGGAAACCAAAUGGUAAUGGCGCCAUAUCUCUCUGGUCCUAGUGUCACCAUCACCUUCACCAGUGAUUAUUCUGGUAGUGGUCGUGGCUUUGCUGUUACUUUACAAGAGUUUGUUGGCGAUGUUGAAGAGAAGGAAUUGCCAUCAGACCCACCAGCAAUGACAAUUCGUAACUACACACACAGUGUACCUUCAGAUGGAGUGAAAAUUACAAGUCCUGACUAUCCCAACUCUUAUCCUGACAACCUGCUUUAUAUUUGGUUAUUUACUGGUAUUCCUGGCCAACGGCUCCGACUGGACUUUUUUUAUCUUGAGCUGGAGAACACCUAUGAUGUCUUGGUUAUUGGUACUGGUAAUGACCCAAUGGACAUGUCAUCAAGAUAUGCCAUCUUUACCGGCUCUAAUCUACCAGAUGGAAUUGUUCUCGAUUCGGAAUCAGCGUGGAUUCAAUUCCGAACCGAUGCUAGUAUAUCAGGAAAAGGUUUUUCCUUAACAGUGAACACAGCUUCUGAUUGCAUUUAUGAGUACAGCUUGGCAGAGGGUGAAAAACGUGACGUGUCAUACGCGUCAAUUGAUGCAGGCUACUGUCAAUGGGUCAUCAGGGCAGAACGUGGCAAACACAUACAACUAAGUUUUUCACAGCUGCAAUUAGAAAAUCUAUAUGAGACCCUAGAAUUUGGCACAGGCUCCAACCCUGCCAGUGCAGCAUCAAGGUUGAGAGUAUUAACAGGAACAACAGGCCUUGCAACCUACACUACACCUAGUGAUGGCAUUUGGCUAGCUGCUACUAUUAGAGAGAGUGUAUCUGGGUUUAAAGUACAAGUAUCUGAUGAUGGGUGUAUGAUUGAAAGUAUAUUUGAAGACCAAGGAGUGAUAACAUCCCCAGGCUACCCACUCACUUACCCCAAUGAUGCAGAUUGUAUUUGGAUCAUACAAACAGCUGGUGAAUACAAUAUUCGCCUCAGGUUUAAUGACUUUACAACCGAAGGUUUCUAUGAUCGUUUAAUCAUCGGUGGAGUAAAUGAUGGAUCUGAUCGAGAUUACUUAGAACUCUCAGGUAGCAGUCUGCCAGACAAUGUUGAUAGUAAUUUGAAUGGUCUGUCAUUACGCUUUAAAAGUGAUGGAACGUCUGUUACGAAAGGUUUCAACAUCAGCUACAGUAAAGUUUAUGGUUGUCCUGAUGGCUAUCUUCCUGGCUAUGAUGGAGAGACAUGCUACAAGUUUGUAACUGAAAUAAAAACUUGGGAGGAGGCAAGAAAAGACUGCCUCCAGACACCCUACAGUGACCUUAUAGUCAUCAAGGAUGAGGCUGAGGCUAGGUACAUACAGAACUCUAUGAAUGAAGCUGACCAAGUUUGGUGGGUUGGAUUAAGUGACCAGCAGAAGGAAAGGGCAUGGGCUUGGGUAAAUUGUGAUUAUGUUCAAGAAGGAAAUAUAUCAUGGGCUGUAAAUGAACCAACUAACACCACAUCAGAGAACUGUGUGACUUUCAACAUGGAUGGAAGGUACUCAGACAGAAACUGCAGCAAAGGUUUUCCUUAUAUAUGCAAAGAGGAAUAUAAAGGCUUUGAUAGUGAUGAGCAACAGCCUGGAAGUUUUACUGCAGUCUCUGAGAUUCCGUACCAAAUUGAUCUGUCGUGGGAACUAUCAGCAUUUGAUUGUGACGUGUCUGCCUAUCAGUUAGUGGUAGGGUUUUCCAAUGGUUCAAUUAUCCAUGACAAAACUUAUGGUCCAUUUGAAACAUCUGCAAAAUUAGAGGAUCUAACUCCUGAUACUGAAUACAGGUGUGAGCUUAUUACUGUCACAUAUGGUGAAGGGGAACUGGAAGGCAGCCUGACUCUAUCAACUAGAACUGUUGCUGAGCUAGUGUGUCCGGUUGGUUAUCAACUCAACAAGCUAAAUAAUAAGUGUUAUCAAGUUGUUGAUUCAGUUAAUAUGACGUGGGUGGAAGCAAGGCAGAGCUGUGUUGCAACACCCAAUGCUGACCUGGUUAUCAUCGAUUCAGAGGAAAUGGAUGAUAUUGUAGAUGAUCUAUUACAAUCCAACAAUGGUGGCUUUUGGUUUGGUCUCUAUGAUUGGCAUGGUAUCAACAUGUGGGCACAGGUCAACACCUGUCGUCCACCAACCUAUGAUCAAUUCAUUAUGAAUGAUACAUAUACAGAACCACACUGUGCAGUGAAGUUGAAAGACAUCGGCUGGGAUGCGCAGCCUUGCAAUAAUACUUAUGGAUAUAUUUGUGAAUAUUUCCCCCGAGAUUUGAAUAAGACAUCUGCCAAUCCAAACUUUGUUCGGGCUGACCUCUUAGAGCCUACGACGGUGCAGAUGUACUGGACACCAUCCAUACGUCUUUGUGAUGUAGUUGGGUAUGUGGUGACCUGGACAAAGGUUGGUAACAUGCCCACAAUAGAAUAUGUGGAAGGUGCACUGGCCAAUGCUAAGGUUUUCUACAAUCUUGAUCAACUGACUGAAUAUGAAUUCAGUGUUGCGGCGCAAACAGUAACGUUCGGAGCUUUAGAACCAGAUGUCGUAAAUACAGUCUUAACUGGAGUCGUAUGUCCAUUGGGCUAUGAAGUAGGCUUCAAUAACAACUGCUACAUGUUUGGUAAGGCGAUAGUGACAUGGGAACAAGCCAGGACCACAUGUGCAGAUGAUGGUGGCUACCUUGUCAUUAUAAAUGAUGCUAAUGAGCUGGAGUAUGUAAUGAACACAACUCUCGGUGGUGACUGGUGGAUUGGUUUUAAUGAUCAAGUCAGUGAAGGCAGUUGGUACUGGGCAGAUUGCAGCUCAUCAAAUGCCUGGCAGAAAAGUAAUUGGGCUCCUGGUCAACCAAACAAUUUAAACAACAUGGAAAACUGUGCAAAAAUCCGAGAUGAUGGCCAGUGGAAUGAUUGGACCUGUGCUCUUACACUGCCUUACAUCUGUGAAAUUCCUAAAGAAGGUGUUGACAAGUUGGAGCAAAACCCAAGCGGACUAACCGGAGCAACUGUUACAUACAACCGUGUCAAUCUGCAAUGGGUACCUGCAACAAAAAGGUGUGAUAUUGUCGGUUAUAUGGUCACAUACACAGGGUCUGGAGUUGGACAAUAUUCCGUUGUAGGUGGUGACCAGACCGAGUCGGACAUUGCUGGUCUUGAGCCAAACUCUACAUACACAUUUAGGAUCAAUGCAGUUGCAUUUUAUGGUGACCUGCCAAUUGUUGAGGGUGAAUCUGUCAACUUGACAACAACAGUUAAACAGGAGGGAAGUUGUCCUUAUGAGUACGAAAAAGUGAAUGGCGUAUGUUACAAAUUUGUCAAAGAGCUAGCCACUUGGGCAGAUGCUCAAAAAAGUUGCAUGGAGGAUGGUGCAGUCAUUGUUAUAAUAAGAGAUCCAAUCGAGAAAAACAUGCUAAUGAACAGGACUGGAGGAGGUGAUUGCUGGAUUGGACUGAACGAUCAAGUAGAAGAGGGCAGUUUCUACUGGGGAGAUUGCUCAACCAUUUCGACAUGGCAGGGACAGCAAUGGGGGGAUGACCAACCCAAUGAUGUUGAUGGCAAUCAAGACUGUGUCAUGAUGAUGCCAUCAGGUGCUUGGAAUGACUGGAUGUGUCAAGAGACUAAUCAGUAUAUUUGUGAAGUUGUUGACAUUGGUUAUGAGAUCAACCCAAGUGAAUUUGCCGGUGUGGUAUCAUCUCCUUUCAGUGUUACCCUGACUUGGAAGCCAUCAUCGCGCAACUGUGAUGUAGUGGAGUACAGAAUCCGUUACGUAGAUCGCUCCAUUCAGACUGUAGUAAUUCCGGGUAAAAACAGCGAUAUGGCAGAUAUUGAAGGACUACGUUCUGGUACUGAGUAUUCAUUCCAAAUCGGGGCCUUAACAGCUGUAGGAAACAUUGAGUACAGCGACCCUCUUGUACUGACUACUCGCAAUUUUACAUCCGGGGAUUGUUCUGAUGGCACACUAACAGAUACUGCAGGCAAUAUCACCUCACCUAACUUUCCGGUGGAGUACCCACCGAAUGCAGACUGUGCGUACAUUAUAACUCUUCCUGAUAACAACAUGCGUGUACGUUUGCGAUUUGAGAGCUUUGAUCUUGUUGACCAUGAUGACUACAUUGAAAUCACAGAUUUAAAUACUGGAGAAGAUGACAGAAAUAUGUUGACAUUAACAGGUGUAGAACGCCCAAAGGAUUACGUCAGCAUGACCAAUUCAGUUAAAAUUCACUUUGUGUCUGGCCCCUUGAGCCAAGGUGCAGUAGGGUCAGGGUUUCUGAUUGGUUAUGAGGAGGAACAUGAAGCUCUACCUGUGGAUAAGAACUGCCGGGAAAUGUACACUUUGAAAGAGGGCAGCUUGAUGCGUAUUCAGUCCACCAACUACCCCAAUAGCUAUUCCAACUACGAAAACUGUACCUGGACACUAAAGGCUAGCGUGACCACCAAUGUUAUUGUUGUCAACUUCUUUGAUGUUGACCUUGAGUCCAAUUACGAUUACUUGUCAUUUAAUGAUGCUCAACAAACAAUUAUCACUGGUGAUAUCGUGCCCGCCAGUGUCAUCUCAGAAUCAGACACCCUCACAUUUAUGAUGAGAACAGAUCUCUCAGUUAUUGGGCGUGGUUUCAGUUUAGCAGCAGAGGAAAUUGAUCCAUCGCUUACAGUACCUAAGGAUAAACUCAUGUCGGAAGUACCAGUUAUCCAGGCAACGUGUGGAGAUACUGUGGAUGUUUCUGGUGGGGCCCAGACUAUUGUUAGCCCAUCAUAUCCUAAUAAUUAUGAAAAUAAUGCCAAUUGCCUUUGGAAAAUUGCUGGAUCAGAAAACAAUGGGAUUCUCAUCGACUUCCAAUCCUUUGUACUUGAGUACAUGUAUGACUAUGUUUUAAUUGGUCGUGGAUCUGACGAGUCUGACGCUACGUCCAUCAUUGGAAAGUUUAGUGGACCAGAUAAACCUUCACAAAUGGUAGUAGAUAGCUCUACAGCCUGGAUUCAAUUCAUCUCUGACUCUGAUAUCACUGGUGCUGGAUUUCAGAUUGUGGUUUCAAUGAAAACAAAGUGUGGUGAAGACUUAGUAAUUCCAAAUGGUGGCAGUGUUCAAGUAAUAUCAGCCAACAGUCCAGGUCUAUAUAACAACAAUGAGUACUGUCUCUACAAAAUUUCAAGCCAAAGAGGAACAUAUGUUCGAUUUGACCUCAUGAAGUUAGAUGUUGAGGAAGGCUAUGAUUUCUUAUUAUUUGGAAGUGGACCAAAUCCUACGGAUUUCUCUUCUCAGUUGUUCUCCUUUACUGGAUCAAUAGCAGCUGAAUCCAGCUACCACGCAAGUUCAAAUGAAUUAUGGGUCAUUUUCACCUCUGACGCUACCAAUUCUGGGGAUGGAUAUAUUAUCAAUGCCUAUGAUGAUGGCUGUGGAAUCUCUUCACUCUUUGGUUCAAGUGGACAAAUAGUAUCUCCAAGUUAUCCCUCUAUGUAUCCUAAUAGUGCUGAUUGCAUCUGGAUUAUCCAGGUGGCUGGUACUUUCCAGGUGGAAGUGACCUUCAUGGAGUUUAACUUAGAGACAGGACGCGACUUCCUCAUUUUUGGUGGAAUAACACAAGACCCUCUAGAAGACCAAGAAAUUAUUUUAACUGGUAACGUGUUACCAGAGAAGAUUUUAAGUAUUGCAAAUGGGUUAAACUUAAAGUUCAUCUCAGACUCUUCUAGCAGUUCCUCUGGAUUUUACCUUACUUGGAAAGCUAAACACUUUUGCCCUGAUGGUUACGCUGCCGCUAGGGAUAAUGAGACAGUUUGCUAUAAAUUUGGCUCGGAGCCAAAACCGUGGCUGGAUGCCCGAGAGGAUUGUCUCUCAACUCCAGGUGCUGAUCUUGUUAUCGUCAAUGACAAGACAGAGAAUGAUUAUCUGGCUGGUGUUGGUGGAGGAGAUGACUGGUGGAUUGGUUUUUAUGAUCGCUCUGUGGAGGGAGAGUGGUUCUGGGUUGACUGUCUGGCAAGCACAGAAUGGGCAGUUUCCAACUGGGCUCCUGGGCAACCAGAUGGCAAUGCUGUGACUAGUGCAAACUGUGCUAAGCUUGUAGGCUCCAGUGGCAUGUAUGAUGAUACAGAUUGUAUGACACCUGUUAAGUAUGUUUGUGAACACUACGAGAGAUUGUAUGAUCCUGCAGAUGCUGUCCCUACUCGCUUAGAGGCAGAUUCCAUUGCGCCAACACGCAUCACUUUGUCAUGGCGUAUACCACUUCGGUACUGUGACGUACUGGGUUAUACUGUUCGUUACAAUGGGACAAAUGGAUAUAUUGAGAAAAGUUUCCCAGGAUCUCAGACGAACACUGUUGUCAUCGAAAACCUACUGCCAGAUACCUUAUAUGUAUUUGAAAUUACAUCCUACACAAACUCCUUUGGUGUUCUACCAUAUGAAGAAUCUACCACUGUAAAAACCUUGAAACCCGAAGAUGAACUUUGCCCUGAUGGUUGGGUUGUAGGACUUUCCUACACGUGCUACAAGUUCAGCACUACCCCUCGGACAUGGGCCGAUGCUAGAAGUGAUUGUAUGACCAUUGAAGGUGGUGACCUUUUAGUCAUCGCUGAUGCAGAAGAACAUUCAUACAUCCGAAACAUGACUGACAUGCAAAAUACCUGGUGGAUAGGAUUUUAUGACCAAGCUGAUGAAGAUAGCUGGCGCUGGGUUGAUUGUAGUAUUCCUAGUGUUUGGCAACGUUCACAAUGGGCAAGCGGUCAACCUGAUGAUUCAAAUGGUCUAAGUGAUUGUGGCCAAAUGAAUGCAGCCGGUCAGUGGCAAGAUGAGGAGUGUUCCAGGAUGAACAAUUACAUCUGCGAAAGGCUUGAAAAACCAUUUACCCCAGAGGACGCAAACCCCAGUCUUUUCCGAGGUCAAGUUCUAAACCCUGUUUCAGUCAGUUUUACCUGGCGGCCCUCCCGUUAUAAUUGUGAUGUCACUGGUUACAAGAUCAAAUACCAGGAUGGAGCUCUUCCUAAGGAGGUACAGGUGAGUGGUGCCGAGACCAGUGAAGCUGUCAUCCGUGAUUUAACACCAGCAACGACUUAUGUCUUCUCCAUUGCUGCAACCACUCUCUUUGGUGAUCUCUCUGAUAGCCAGUCCCUCACGCUUAAAACUCUGAAUGAAUCAGACUUCCUUUGUCCUGAGGGUUAUGAGAUCGGUUAUGAUUACAACUGUUUCAAGUUCUCCCUUGAACCCCGCACUUGGAAUGAGGCACGCAAGGACUGCCAGUCCUCUCUGAAUGCUGACCUCGCUAUACUGGACACACCUGAGGAUGUGAACUAUGUACUACAAGUCAGUGAUACCCCACUAAACUACUGGAUUGGUUAUUAUGAUGUUGGUGUGGAGAACACAUGGCAAUGGAUUGAUUGUACAGAUCCAAGUACCUUCACGAUGGGUAACUGGGGACCUGGUGAACCGAGUGACGACAUCAUCGGGAACGAGGAUUGCGGACAACUACAAUCCAAUGGCUACUUCUAUGACGUAGACUGCGCACAACCUAUGUUCUACAUCUGCAAAGUUGUUCAUAAAAAUUUUGAGCCUGCAGACUUCAAUCCACGCCUCUUUUCUGCUGUUAGCUUCUCCCCUUUCAAUGCUUUGUUGACUUGGCAAACCUCUGAUAUUUUAUGUGACAUCACUGGAUACAGAAUAAGAUACAACAGUACUGAUAAAGAUGUGAAGGUUAAAACUGUACCUGGUGCUCUCAGUAACAGUGUUAGAAUAAAUGAUUUGCUGCCAUCAACCACGUAUAGCUUUACGAUUGCUGCUGUUCUUACAACCGGAUCAUUACCGUAUGGAGCCAAUGCUCAGACGACCACAGACUCUGUAAAUGAUUUUUGUCCUGCUGGUUGGGAGAUUGGACAUAACUAUUACUGCUACAAAUAUGGCAAGACACCUAUGACGUGGCAAAAAGCCCGAGCAGACUGCCAAGGCACACCAGGUGGUGAUCUUGCCAUUGUUGAUUCACAGAAUGAACUGGAGUACAUUAUGAACACAACCAAAGGAGGCAACUGGUGGAUUGGUCUCUAUGAUCAGGCGACGGAAGGAGAUUGGUCAUGGAUUGAUUGUUCGCGUCUGGGUGUAUGGGGUAUGCUUAACUGGGGUACGGAUCAACCUAAUGACUUGGAUGGUACACAAGAUUGUGGCCAGAUACUCAACAAUGGACGUUUCAAUGAUAUUGCAUGUGAUGUGUACAUGGAAUACAUUUGUGAAAUAGUUGAUAUUGCUUUUAAUGAUAGUGACCUGGUUCCAUCAAGAUUUAGUGGAGAAGCUCUUUCGCCAAACGAUAUCCAACUUUCGUGGCGCCCUGCUCGUCGUAACUGUGAAGUGAGCGGGUAUAAGGUCUUCAUUGAAGUUGGUGGUGUGGAAACAUUUGUGAAUGUUACAGGAGGCAACACCGAUAGCUUAAUCCUCAAGAAUAUGGAAUCAAGAACAGCUUAUCGCUUUUCAAUUGGUACUUACACCAUUAGCGGUAGAGAGAUUGGCAGAAGCACAGACACAGCAUUUAUCAUCACACCAGCAGUUGGUGUCUGUGGCGACUCAUAUAGAAAUGAAGCAUCUGGCAGGAUAACAUCUCCUGAUUAUCCUAAAGAUUACCCUGAUAAUCAAGAUUGUCUGUACAUAGUUAACAUACCAGACUCCAGUGCUGCAAUUCAAGUUGAAUUUUACACUUUUGAUCUUGAGGAUGGACAAGAUUUUCUUUUGAUUGGAUCUGGUAAUGAAGCUGACAACAACGUCCAGUAUAUGUUUACAGGUAGCAAACUGCCUGUACCUGUCACCAUUUCGAGUAGCAGACUGUGGAUUCGUUUCUUUAGUGAUGAAGAUAAGACUUCAAGUGGCUUUGACCUGACAUAUAGCACUGUUGGAGUGCCUACUACUACCAAGAAACCGGCAGAACCAACUACAUUAGCUGAUCCAAUAGAAGUAGGAGGUACAAUGAUGACACUUCUUGGAGAGUCUGAAAAGUCGUUUGAUGAACAAAAACAAUUGAAACUUGCAGAAUCAUUAGCAGACCAAGCCAAUGAAUAUUGUGCUGUGAGUUUCACGGCCUGCUUGGCACCACGUAACUCUCUAUACAAAUCAGAUAAUAUUGUGUAUUACUCGUUUGAAGAAGUGAAUGCAAACCUGGAGGUGAAAUUUUGGGUAAACGACCCAAGUAACACCGAAGUAGCAGCUAUGACAACGGAACAAGUGCAAGAUAUGCUAAACAACAACAUAGAUGAGUCUGAGUUUGAAUACAUUGUUGGUCCAGUGGAGCCAGUGGAAUCUUCAAGCCUUGAGCCAUGGGUCAUCACUCUUAUCUCCUUCUUCGCUCUCGUCAUGCUCAUCAUAAUUUUGGUUGCGGUCAAAGAAUGUCACAGCCCCUCGAAAAAAUCUUCUUUUAUUGACAAAAAAUCAGAAAACCAUGAAAUGGACAUAGCAGAAGAUGGGAAUGCAAAUAUUUCUAAUGCUACUCCACAAAGACGUCCAAGUGAGCACACAAACAAUAUAUAUUUUGAGACGAAUACUGGAGCAACCAACAGUGGAUUCAAACCAGAUACAGUACCAGAUACUUCAAUCGCUGGUGCAUCUAAGCACGACACACAGGGUGACGACCUUCCAGCUGAACUUCCCAAGGAUAAAAUCACUGAUGCUUCUGCUCUAUAGAGACACUAGAUGUUGUCAGCAUACAUUUUAAACAAGUUCUACCUCUUAAGUUAGACAUUAUGCUUUCGGAUUUGUUGUCUUUCAUUCAACACUGUUCAGUCAGACUCUGAUAAAAUCUGAAAAACAAAAUAGUGUGUAUAAUGUAUUUAAUCUUUUUAAUAUCUUAAAAGUCUUUAUGUAUGGUUCGAUUUGAUACUGUACUGCCAUUUAUUUGUGUAAUUGGUAUUUUCCGUGUGUUUAAUCUUUAUUUAAUUGAAUAUAUUAUGUUAAAUUUAAAUUUUAAAUAUUUUUUUAAAAUUUUUAUUAAAAUCAGAUUGACAAUCCUUCUUUUUGUUGAGUCCAGAAAAAUUCUGAUAGUGUAUGACCAACUUUAGAAUUUUUUAUACAGUGCACCAGAUAAACUUUCAUCAAAUUUAGAACAGAUAAACAAAAUUAUAUUGUUUAAUUAUCUGCUUUCCACAUAAAAACGUACUAUUUUAUUUUAGAGCAUGUCAUCGUUGGAUUACCUUACAUUAUGCUUAGACCAUACAGUAUUUUUCAUACACUGUUAUCAUUAUAAUAAAUAUAAUUAACUACUUAAUAUAGUAAUGGUAUGGUUUUGGUAUUCUUAUGUAAUUGUGUUAUUUAGUCACCUAAAAAAUAGUUUGGUUUUUCUGUGUAUAUUUGUUAGUUCAGGCACAGUUUGUUUAGUUGAAUAAGACAGGUAGCAUUUUAGAGACUGGUGUAGCAUGAAUCAACAAACGUGAAGAAGUUCUGUUCUGUCCUGACCAUUUGUGCGAAGAUAGUACAAAAAGCUGGGAAUAGCAGUUACUAAGCAAGGGUGCUUUAGGAAAAAUUCUCUUCACUUGCCCACCAAUUUUUCACAAACAAAUUUUGGGCCCCGAGAGGUUUGCAAAACUGGGAAAGAUGACCAGUGAUGACAUCAUGUUGGAGGUUACAAAAUGAUUGCAGCAGAUAUGAUGCGGAUCUGCCUGGCUGUUCAAAGAAAGUACUGAGUUGGGAUCAACCAUUGCCAACAAUGUUGAGCUCAGUCACUUGACUUGGUCAGAUUCCCACAGCAGCCUUGACCUUUUUUGCGUCUGGCUUCCAUAAAAUCCCUACAGAUGCUAUUGCCAACAGCUUUCAGUGAGGCUGAUUUGUCAUUCAGGUGUGGCCCUACAGAGUGAAGUGGAUUUUUAUAGAAACCAUACUUUACAUACUUUAUGUGAUUAUUUUUUUUCUGAAAGUGAACUUAAUUGAUUAAAUUGUAAUCCAAUAACAUAUGCGUUUGUGGAAUAAAGUUUAUAUAUCUAAUCCGUAUA